AUGGCGCAGGUGACUCAGUCACUAAAUGAAGCAGCACCUGGUUAAAAAUCGAGGAGAAGUGGACUUGGGAAAAGGUCCAGUCAGCGUCUAUCUAAUCAUCCAGUGAAAAAGGCUAUGAGUGUGUGUGGGGGACAGAAACGAUAUGUGUCCACUCUCAGGAUCCAGCUGUCAGCACCCACAUCUGGAGGAGCCUCACACAUCACCACUACACAGCGGAAGAGCCAAGAAAGACCACCCAACUCUGGAAACAACAAUGCAGACGUGCCACAUUUCCUUGAACCUCUGCAGGACUGUGUGGCUGACAGAGGAAGUGACAUCACGCUAAGGGGCGUCAUCACAGGGAGGCAGCCAAUCAGCGUGUCCUGGAUGCAUAAUGGUCAGCCGGUGAGAUUUGGUAAAUCCUCAUUUGUCAGUGGAGAGGCGAGACUGGUUGUUAGGAAAUGUGUCCCAGAGGACGCUGGAGCUUACACUUGUGUGGCUGAAAACACUGCAGGAAAAACAUCCAGCAGUUCGGCAGUGGAUGUAAGAGAAACGACCGUCGCUGCUCGAAACAAUCACACAUGCUCCUCUCCGUCCUCUCCUUGUACCCCUGUUUUGGAAAAUUGGGGCUUGAAAUCACCUAAAACUGAUUUGGAGGACAUCAGUGUGUUCAGAGGACCGUACUCGCCUCAGACACCAAGUCCUCGAACACCAUCAAGUCCGAGAGAGCUCCCGGUGAAGAGGAGAAGCAGCUCAGGGUCAGACGUCCCUCUGGAGAUUGCGUCCUCUUGUCUUCAGGUGGAGGUGCGGGCCGGUGAGACGGCUCAUUUGAGCUGUACGUUCAAAGGCAACUCACCGAUCGUUUCCUGUUGGAUUUAUAACAAAAAAGAGGUUCUGGAGGGCUCCAGGUUCAGGAUAGAGGGCAGCAGCGAGAGCAACACUCUGGUCAUUUCAGAGACUCGACCCAAGGACUCUGGACGCUACACUAUAGUAGCGCGAGACCGUAAAGGCUCCGCCCAGCACUCACUCACACUGUCUGUCAUCGAGCGACCGCAGCCUCCUGCCUCGUCCCCAGUGGUGUGUGUGCUCUCCACACACUCCCUCGUCCUCUCCUGGGCAGGUCCAUGCUACGACGGCGGUUCAGCCAUCACCAGUUACGUGGUAGAGGUUCAGCAAGUCGGCUCGACCGGGGAAGGUUCCUGGACCGAGCUCUCAGCCGGCUGUAAAAGCACUUCCCUCAGGGUGAGCUCUGGACUCCAGCCGCAGGCGCAGUAUCGCUUCCGGGUCAGAGCCUGUAACGCUGUGGGACUCAGCGACCCAAGUCCAGAGUCUCAGGUGAUCAGGAUGGAUAGUGGCACAGGGGAGCCACAUGAAGGGAAGAGAAACGAUUACGUCACCGUUACCAUUGAUGAGAAACACAAAGUUACUGACCACUACAAUGUACUGGACAAACUGGGAGUAGGGAAGUUCGGUCAUGUGUAUCGCCUGACUCAUAAGGAGACCGGUCAGGUGUUUGCUGGAAAGUUCUAUAAGGGUCGGCGUGCAAAAGAGAGAGAAGCGGCCAAGAAGGAGAUCGAGCUGAUGAACUCCCUUCAUCAUCCCAAACUGGUGCAGUGCCUGGCAGCUUACGAUAACAAGCCUGAAAUAGUGAUGGUCAUGGAGUUCAUUGCAGGCGGGGAGCUCUUCGAGCGUAUUGUGGAUGAUAACUUUGAGCACACGGAGCAAUCGAGUGUCGGUUACAUGCGUCAGAUCGUGCAGGGAGUUCAGUACAUGCACCAGCAGAACAUCGUGCACCUGGAUCUGAAACCAGAGAACAUUGUGUGUGAGGACAGAACCGGAUUUCGGAUUAAGAUUAUCGACUUUGGGCUCGCCAGCAAGCUGGACUCUUCCACUCCUCUGAAGGUCAUGCAUGGAACCCCUGAGUUUGUGGCUCCAGAGGUCAUCAACUAUGAACCUGUGUGUCUGACCACAGACAUGUGGAGCAUUGGAGUGAUCUGCUAUAUAUUGUUGAGUGGUGAAUCUCCGUUCCAGGGAGAAAGUGACACAGAGACUCUGGCUUUAGUGACUGCGGCCCAGUGGAAGUUUGACGAGGAGAGUUUCGAGGAUAUCACAACUCAAGCCAAAGACUUUAUCAGCUCUCUACUGCAGAAAAAUGUCAGGCAGCGGAUGUCCUCAGAGGAAGCUCUGUCUCAUUCCUGGAUGAUGACGUCAGAGUCUGCAGACCCCGGCGCUGCCAAGAACCUCUCCAAAGACAAGAUGAAGAAGUUCUUAGCCAGGCAGAAGUGGAAGAAAACAGGCAAAGCCGUGCUGGCUCUGAAGAGGAUGGCCAUGCUGUCCAAAUCCGACAACUCUGCGACUCUCACCAGUCCUGUGGAUGAUACAGAGCAUGUCCUCAAGUCCCUGGAGGAGAGGAUGCAGUCGAAACCUGAGUUCAUUAAGACUCCGUCUGACUUGUCGGUCUUUGAGGACUCCACUGCGCAGCUCAUCUGCCAUGUCACUGGUUACCCAGACCCUGAAGUGCUGUGGCUGAGGGAUGGUGAGGCGCUAGAGGAGCAGGACGGCUGUGUGCGGGUGGAUUAUGAGGAAGAUGGGAUUUGUGCCCUCACACUGGACAGCGUCACCCUGCAGCACAGUGGCACGUACACCUGCAAAGCCACCAACAUCCACGGGGAGGCGCUCUGCUCUGCUAAAAUCACUGUAGUGGACCGGGACACACACACGGAUUGAUGAAAUAUUUGUACACUUAGAUAGUUACAUAUAUAUAUAUAUUGACUGUAUCACAGUCUCUGUCACUUUUUAUAUCCCUCUUUAUUCAACUGAAAUUUUAAUAUACAAAUAAACAAGUUUAUGUAACUGGUGGACAUCAGAUUGUUGGGCAGAAUGUCUAGUUUAUUUUAAAUUUAAUACAAUAUGAAUGCAGCGCUGAAAUUGUAAUUUUAAAAAUCUGCAAAUCCAUAUCAUUUUCAGAAAUCUGUAACUAAUUUGGCUGUUUGAGAGCAGUUACUACAGAUUAUUCACACAUCCCUUUGGUACCUUUUAAAUCCCACUUUGACUUUACAGAUUUUACACCAUUUGCAUCCAAGUUGAGUGUGAUUUGUUUUUGCAAUAUGAACAAUGCAAACAAUAUGUAACAUGGAUUACACUAACCAAUAGUAAUAUUCACAAUGGCAGAUUUACGAAUCAAAAAUGGAUUUGACCAAAAAAACUAUAAAUGCGACGUCACUAACACUCAUUAUACACCGAAAUGGCAUUACAGACCGAAAUAUAUUGUUUUUAUUAAACAUGCAUAUAGCUAAAGGCCAUGACAUAAAUAACUCAAGCUGCAUACUGUGGAACUAAGCAUGGGCAAGCUAAAGCUAAUCCUUUUACAUACUCUUUGCAAGCCAACACGCACAACAACGCAAGGGACUUGCCUAAGGAGUUGGGUUUCCACCUUCAACAUAUUAAAACUGAAUAAAAUCCUACAUUUAAAACAUU